ACUGGGGGAGGUGACUACCUCUGUGCUAUUCGGAUGCUAAUGGUUCAGUUCAGAAGAGAAUUCUCGUUUUGUGACUCUUUGUACCUUUGGGAGAUGAUGUGGGCUCUUGAGUACGACCCAGAUCUCUUUCACGUAUACGAGGCGCAUCAAUGCGGGAGUGAGAAAGUCGAAGUGUCCAACGGUAAACCAAAGUCGAUGAGCCAAUGCGGAAAGGACGAGAGGCAGAACCUGAGGAAUGGUGGAAAAAACACGGAAGGUCCUUUGCCUAUAUCUGUUUUCUUAGUGGCCAGUGUCUUGAAAGACAAGAGUUCUAAGCUUAUGACUGAAGCUCGUGGACUUGAUGACGUUGUUAAGAUACUUAACGACAUGAGUGGAAACUUGGAUGCCAAGAAAACAUGUUCUGGAGCAAUAAAGAUUCACAAGAAAUAUCUGAGAAAGGUUAUCUCUAAGUUUCUCUUAUCUCUCUGGGCUGUCUUUGUGUCUCUCUUCCUGAAAGUUUUAUCUUGUGUUGUGUUCUCUCUUAUUGUAGGCUAAGAAAUAGUAUUGCCGAACGUUCAUUAUUCUCUUGCUUAAACCCUUGGAAUCAUGAUAAAACUUUUUAAACGAUUCCUUGGGUAGAAAGCAAUCUGGAAAAUCUGGAAAUGUUGAAUUAAUACUCCCAACAUAUACACACAAAUACACGCAAGAAAAAAAACCAUAUUUGUAAGCUGUUCAUAAAAUUUGGUGUUGCAUUUAUAUAUGAACAACAAGAUGUUUUUUUUUGUAUUUUUUUUUUGUAUUUACCAAAGGGGAAAAUGAAGAAGGAAAUAGACUGUUCUUAAGUUCA